GUUUUCCACAUUGCAGCAUACAUGGGUAGCAUAGAUCUGCUUCGAGUUCUCUUCGAUAUGGUUGCAAUGCCUAGAAAAUGUGAAGCGGUCAGGAUGAAGAACAAUCAUGGCAACACCCUUCUCCACGAGGUGGCCACGAGCAACAAUGUUGAGGCAGCAAAGUUCUUGGUUGAGAUUGCACAUGAAGGACGAUCGAGGAUGCUGAUGGACCGCAAUGAUUUAGGGGAGACGGCGCUAUACAGGGCUGCAGCAUUUGGCAAUAAAGCAACAGUGGAGUACUUGGCAAAUGAGGUGGAAAUACAAGAUCAGGGAAAUCUGCGAGAUGAUCACUUCACAAGAACGUCUGAUAACCUCUCCAUUCUUCAUAUUGCUAUCAUGAAUGAAAAAUUUGAGACAGCUAUUUGGUUACUAAUCAAAGAUCCAGAGCUGGUGACAAAGAAAUAUUAUGGGAAGACAUGUCUUCACAUUCUCGCAAGCAUGCCGACUGCUUUCAAAAGUUCCUCUUCCAUAAUGUCUGCUUUGAAGAUUAUAUAUAUAUGUAUUCCAGGCAACUUAGUCUAUAGAGAUGAAACUGAUCAGGAUGUACCAAGUCAGAGCACUGAGACUAGGAUGCGCUGUCUAACAAUGAUAAAGAAUAUAUGUCUACGCAUGUACGAUGAUCUUUGGAUGUUUCUAGCUGAAAGAUGGAAUUUGAUUAAGGAAAUUGGGAAAAUGAAAAAGAAGCAUCAGACUGCAGUUGAAUUAGCCAAGAUGCUGGUAAAGAUGGAUUCUUGCUCGUGGCGUGAGCACUACAACGAAGAAGGGCACAACAACAUUGUUCGCUUUUCAGGAGACGAUCAGGGGGGAGACGAAGAAACAGGGGAGGCGUCGUCCCAAGCCAUAUGUGUUGGCACCACCGCCACCACUGAGUCACAGCCGGAUACUCCGUUGAUUAUUGCCACCAAGACAGGAAUCUUGGAGAUUGUGGAGGAGAUUCUCAACGUGUAUCCUCAAGCAUUCGAGUACGUGGCCAGUAAUGGACAGAAUAUUCUGCACGUUGCCAUUCUACAUCGUAACCACAUCUUUGAUCGCAUCAAGAUGGAGAGGAAAGUGGUGCUGCAGAGGUUGGCUUUAGGAAUCGACAACGAGGGUGACACCAUUCUGCACAAAGCCGCCUCUACAAAACACUAUAGUGGAGGUACCACAUCGACAGCGGCUCUGAAACUGCAAGAGGAGCUGACAUGUUUCGCAAAGGUGGAAAAAAUGGUUCCUGCUCAUUACACAAUCCACCUCAACAACAAGAAUCGUACGGCGAAGCAACUGUUAAAAGACCAGCACAAAGAACAACUGAAAGAGGCCCAAGAAUGGGUCAAGAACACUUCUCAGUCAUGCUCAACCGUGGCAGUCCUAGUCGCUACGGUUGUCUUCGCCGCCGCCUUCACCGCCCCAGGUGGUUUCAGAGAUAACGGAAGUCCAGUCUUUGAGGACAAGCCUCUGUACUCCUUUUUCACUGUGAUGGACGUGGCCGGACUGGCAAGCUCAUUAACGUCGGUGGUGCUCUUCCUUUCGGUGCUCACAUCAUCACUUGAACUGGAAGAUUUUCAAUAUCAAAUACCGGCAAAACUGUCAGCUGGCUUCCUCUUUCUGUCCUUUGCCAUUGCAACCACCGUGCUUUCCUUCACAGCUGCCAUUAUCCUCACUGUUCAUUUGAAGAAGGCAUGGACUACGACUCUAACGUAUGCCGCUGCAUUCCUUCCAGUCUGCGUCUAUGUGAUUGUGCAGUUCGGUUUGUACAUAGCAUACCUCAAGAGUGCUUUCGUCGGCAUUUAUAAGUUUGUGAAGCUGCUUAUUCCUAGGAUAUUAUAUUGAAUUUUUUUAAUCUAAAAAUCAUCUGUACAAUUAAAACUCCUCACAUAUUCGUUUUGGCAGUACUAUUGGUGAAUAAUGUAUUUGAUUAUAU